AUCAUAUAAACAUAAGCAUAUCUUUAUCUUGCACAAGUGGAUAUUAUAUGAAAUGAAAGAAGACGUCUGUACAUGACAUUUGAAAUUAUAAUUGGUGUAAUGUCGCCUUGACAAAACUACUUCAGACCUUGCUCACGUUCAACCGCUUUAUUCGGCAAAAAGAAACAGUAGCCGGCAGACCGUUUUAUUUGCUGCAUUACUCUUGUUGGCGAAAUUAGUGCACGAUGGCUCAACCACUAGCUACAUCUGAUAUCAAGUAUACCAAGCUAUUCAUCAACAAUGAAUUUGUCGAUUCUGUAAGCGGAAAAAAAUUUCCUACUAUUAAUCCAACCAAUGAAAAGAAAAUUAUAGAUGUAUCGGAAGGUGAUAAGGCCGAUGUAGAUCUGGCAGUCGCUGCUGCCAAAAAAGCGUUUGCGCUAAACUCAGCAUGGCGCCAGAUGGACGCAUCUGCACGCGGAAAGCUACUUAACAAGUUUGCUGAUUUGAUUGAAAGAGAUCUUCAAUAUUUAGCAAAUUUAGAAACCUUAGACAAUGGAAAACCAUUUUCUAAUAGUAUCAUAGAUAUACAGUGCGCUAUCAAUACCAUCAGAUAUUAUGCGGGCUGGUGCGACAAAAUUCAUGGUCAUACAAUUCCAGCAGAUUAUGGAUUGACCAGCUUCACAUUCCGACAACCAGUUGGUGUAGUAGGUCAGAUUUUACCUUGGAACUUCCCAAUUGCUAUGGUGUCCUGGAAAUGGGGCCCUGCUUUGGCGGCAGGAUGCACAGUUGUCUUGAAACCAGCAGAGCAAACUCCAUUGACAGCCCUAUAUCUUGCAUCUCUGGUGAAGGAAGCGGGUUUUCCUGCAGGCGUGGUCAACGUUAUCACAGGUUACGGACCUACCGCUGGUGCUGCGAUUGCCGAGCAUCCAGAUAUUAAUAAAGUUGCAUUCACUGGUUCAACAGAGGUCGGCCAUUUGAUCAUGGCAGCUGCUGCUCGUAGUAAUUUGAAGAGGGUUUCAUUGGAAUUGGGUGGAAAGAGUCCUCUUAUUAUUAUGGGAGAUGCUGAUGUUGAUGAAGCUGCACUAGUCGCCCAUGACGCUUGUUUCACUAACCAGGGCCAAACCUGCUGUGCAGGAACACGCACAUUUGUACACGAAGCAAUCUACGACAAAUUUGUAGCAAAAGCUAAAGAAAUUGCAGAAGCACGAGUCGUAGGUGAUCCUUAUGACAAAAACACCGCACAGGGCCCACAGGUGGAUGAAGAAAUGUUCAACAAAGUUAUGGAUUUGAUUAAUGCUGGUAAGAAAGAAGGAGCCAAAUUACAAACAGGUGGCGAAAGAUAUGGUUCUAUUGGAUAUUUCAUAAAACCAACUGUUUUCUCUGAUGUCAUGGAUGAUAUGCGUAUUGCUAAAGAAGAGAUUUUUGGUCCUGUUCAAUCCAUAUUCCGUUUCAAUUCUCUAAGUGACGCAAUUGAAAGAGCUAACGCUACAAGUUAUGGGCUUGCCGCUGGUAUUAUUACAAAAGAUAUCAAUACUGCAAUGUUAUUUGCUAAAUCUGUGGAAGCAGGUUCCGUAUGGAUAAAUUGCUAUAAUGCUGUAGUGCCACAAGCACCAUUUGGAGGAUUCAAGCAAUCUGGUAUUGGAAGAGAACUAGGAGAGGAAUCACUUGAGGAGUACACAGAGACUAAGACUGUUACAUUGAAAGUAGCAAAUAAAAUAUAAAAGGCUUUUUUUUACUGUACAUAUGUACCUGUGCAGUCUAAAACACAGUUGUAAUUCAGUAUGUAGUAAUAAUAUAAGGUUCAUGACUUAUUUUCUAUAU